UCGUUUCCAGCUCAGAAAACUGCAACUUAACUUGUAGACUGCUCCAUCUUCCCUCUCUCUCCUGCUUUGGAUUUCAAUUUUCAACCGAUCCAAACAUGCCUCUGGGAACGCUUGAAGUUCUUCUUGUUGAUGCCAAAGGCCUUGACAACAAUGAUUUUCUGGCUGACAUGGAUCCCUAUGUCCUUUUGACUCUAAGGACCCAAGAGAAGAAAAGCAAUGUGGUCUCAGGGCAAGGAUCUGCACCAGAAUGGAAUGAAACCUUUGUAUUUUCAGUCUCUGAUGAUGUCUCCGAACUUCAUUUGAAAAUAAUGGAUAAGGAUAAUUUCAGCGCAGAUGAUUUUGUUGGAGAAGCAAAUAUUUCAUUAGAGCCAGUGUUCACUGAAGGUAGCAUUCCACCAACUGCAUACAAUGUUGUCAAUCAGGACAAGGAAUACCGUGGAGAGAUUAAAGUUGGACUCAGAUUCACCCCUGAGCCUGAGCAAAAUGACGGUCCAUCUGGGGAAUAUGGUGGUUCCGAGGAGGGCUACGGUGGAUGGAAACAAUCAUCUUAUGCAGAGGAGUAGGGCUAGUUAUCGGAAGAACUAUCUUACCUGGAAUAACCUUGUGAUUUACAGUGUAAUGUAUGAUGUUCAUUUAGCUGCCUGGUGUUGGCUUGAGAAAAGAGAGGGAGCUUCAGUCAUGUGGGAGGUUUCCUUUUGGUGUGCUUUUGUGGCUCAACUUGGUUUUUAUCAAUUAGACUGAAAUCACCAGUCAAUUUUACUAAUGGUGAUUGCUUUCAUCUCUGCCUUUA